GAAAUAUAGAAUGAAAACUUUGUUUGAAUAAGCCAAUAAAAUAAAUAUAUAAAAAGCAGCAAUUGACAAGGAAAAAAGCAUAAAAAAAAUAAUUAGACAUUUCCUAAUCACUUAUGGGCGUAAAUUAAUUGAAACGUUUUUCUCUUAAUCGGAUUGGUUGAAAGUAAUUUUGGUUGCCCUUGACAUCGAAUACAACAAUAUUGGCAUAUUUCUCAACUUGUUUUAAUCUAACGAUAGUAUGAGAGACAUUAACGUAGUUGGGAUGUUUUUUUUAUGUGUAUACAAAAUGAACAUUUAGAAUGACAAAGAAAGAAAUGUUAAAUCUGAAUCAAAACCAACACUUAUUAUGGAUUAAGUACAACUAUCUUCAUAAAAUAAUAGAUAACUUCAGUUUCAUAUCGAUAACAAAUUUAAAAGUUUUUCACACUCCUAUAUCUGAAUAAUGAACUGGAUAUCAACAGAAGAAUAUCAUUCAACAAAUCAAAACAAUAAUCAUUCUUAUAUUUUGUCUAAUCAAUUCAAAUCACAAAGGAAUAUUAGUCAACUGGAAUCAUUAAACAUAGAAACAGAUGUUAAUAACACUAAUAAUAGAGCUUCAUUCACACAGUGUUCAAAUUUAUCAUCAUUAGUUGAGAAUCCCUAUCACAUUACAACAUCAAGACAACAAUUAUCAGAAGAAUCCAUAAGAGUCCCGGUAAUUCCUAGUUUACCAAUGAAAAACGUUGACUGUAUAAAUAAUAAUGUACAGAAUUGUAUUAAUUGUAAAGGCGAUUUAAUAAACUAUUUGGAUAAUGUAAAGUUCUCCUAUAAAAAUGUAGAUGAAAUUGAUCAUUUAUAUAAGAAACUACGAAAAAAUUUAAAACAAAACAGUUUACUUGAAUAUUAUUUUUUAUUAAUUCUACAACAUUUAUUUAAAUCAUUAUUAUUAUUUAAGUAUAAUUCUAUGGAUAAUAAACAUAAACAUAUACAUACAACAUACAUGUAUAAUACAUAUUAUAUUAUUAUUAUAUGGAAAAAAUUUAUUGAAAAUUGUCAUUUAUUAAUAUGUUCAAUUAAAACAAUUCAUCAAAAUAAUUUUCAAACAUUGAAUAUUGUACAAAAAUAUAAAAGUAAAAGUUUAUUAGAUUUAACAAAUUUUAUAAAUUAUAAUAAUUAUCCAUGGAAUAUAUCAUGUACAUAUAAAUCUUUCACUCAAUGCUUUAGAUCUAGUUUACCAAUAUUGAAAAUUGAUCAACCUAUAGUUAUGAAUGUAAACCCUAGUAAUAAUAACAAGAAUAAUAAUAUGGUUAAAAGUACAUCAACUAGUGAUUUCGAAUCGAUUUGUUCUGAUAAUGAUCUACUAGAUAAACAUAUAGAAAGUGAACAUUUAACAAAUAUUUUCAAUCGAAAUAUUUGUCUAUCUGAAGAAUUAGAUACAGAAACUAAAGAUGGACAAAUCAAAUCUAAGAUAACUUUGGAAUUAUCAAAUUUAAAAUCUUCUAACAAGAAUAUAUUUGAAAGUUUAGAGAAGAUUAGUUCAUCCACAAAUAAUGAAUUAACACAUUUAUCUAUAUCUAAUAGUAGUUGUUCUGUAUUGUAUCCACAGUUACCAAUAAUCUCUAUACCAGCCCCACCACCAUUUAAUCCCCCUCCUCCUCCACCUCCACUCCCUGGAACUUUUUUUUCUUCAUCAAAAAUAUCAUUUACAUCAGGAUCAGGUAAUACUUCAACUGAAGAUGAAAAAUCCCGUCAUCAAGAAAUACAAAAUCAAAUAGUAUCCAGUACUAUAAAUGUAAACGAAUCUAAUAUACAUAAGCUAAAACCAUUUCGUUGGACAAAAGUUUAUACAUCUAAAUAUAAUAAUGUAUGGAAUAACAAUAAUUGUACAUGCUCGAAAACGUCUGAUCAUAAUGAAACUGUAAGAAGAAAACCAAUCAGCUUUAUUAAUCUGAGCAAAUUAAAUGUCCUAUUUGCUCAGAAGCAAAAACUUUCUAUGAAAAAUCCUGAAAUGAAAAUAUCACCGAACACGGAGUUGUUUCGCCUACAAAUGUCAACUGAUAAACAAACAGUUGAAAGAGGAAUUAAUUAUGACUGUUUUCAUCAGGAAUUCUCAGGUGAAAAAAAUGUACAAGAAAGCAAUUUAACAGUGCCUACAACUUCGGAUCGUAAACUACUUUGUGCUAUAAAUUCUUAUCCCAUACGUGGGAGAUCACUUUCAUCUUCGCGUACUAUGGAGUUUAUUCAAAAACAUAAUGAGGUAACUGUCACUAUGUUCAUAUAUAUAUCAACCAUUUUGAUUCCAUUUAAAACGUCUUUAGAAAUCUAUACAAACAUUAAGUAGUUAGGUCUGAUUCAAUGAACCACGCUGAAACAACAUUUAAUGUGAUUAUAGUUCAAACCCAUGAGAUUGAGGAACCCAUGGAUGGCUUUUAAAAAUUCCUAUUCUUAAAAACAUGUUAUUUUUAAAUUGAACUGCUUAAAGAUGUUGUUAACAGACUCACCUAAUUGCUCUUCAUUGAAAAAAUUACUAGAUAAUAUAAAAUUUUAGGAAGUAUUCCCAAUAAAUGACGUAAAUAUAAAUCUCAGGUACAAGAGAAUGGAACACCAAAAAAUAGUUCAUCUGAGUUAUAAAUCUUUACAUUAUUACUUUUGUGACGAUGAUAAUCAGAAUAAAAUUUGACACAUAUUCAUCAGCUACUUUCAGUAGCUCACAUGCUGUUUUAUACCUAUUGCAUUAUAAAAAAUAUUAAGACUUGGAUGAAUUACUGCUGCAUCUAACAAAUAUGCAGUGUAGUUUAUAGUAAGACAGUUACAAACGAAAGAUACGAUCCGAUAUAAUUCGUUAUUUAAUCCUAUAACAUCAGAUCCAUCAUAUCCUCUAGAACCGAAGUAUUAACAGUAAAAACUUGAAUAGAAUACCUGAGAAUAUCUCUCACAUUUGUCAAAGUAUAUUUGCUUCAAUUUUUAGCCAAUAGCAAAAGUCUUCUUUCUGUGUCACAUACUUCUUUAAUCUUAUAUUUCUAAUUUAAGCCCAACUUAUUGGAAAGUCAACGGUGUUUGAAUAUAAACAUUUUUCUACGUCAGUUUCGACAUAUUCAUAUAAACUUACUCGAUCUGAUUGAUCAGUGUGAUGGUAGUUUAAUUGGUUCAGAACGGUUAAAAGAUUUGAUUAAAUUACUUCCAACAGAUCAAGAAAUAAAGUGUUUGAAAGCAUUUCAAGGUAAUGUAAAUUAUAUGGAUCCUGCUGAACGAUUUUUUUAUGAUUUAGUUAGAAUACCAAAGUAAGUUAUGUUUCAAUGAAAGUGUUUUUGUUAGAUUAUUGACAGUAAUAAUAUAAUCUGUAUUUCUAUAUAUCAUCAACUUCACUUUGCUUUCUUCGUUAUCACUAAAACUACUUACGUUUAUCUUACUGAAAAUCAGCUGCCAUUUUUUUUUGGUUUUAAGAAAAUAAAUUAAUAAGAAAUCUGGUUUACUAAGUUGAUCAUCUUUUGUGUUAUGCUUAUGAUAGAUAAAUAAUUUUUUAUAACUGAAGUUUCUUGAUUUAAGUACUCAGUUUUAUGCACACUACGAUUUUGUUGAGAUGGCUUAUUAGUUAAAUAACAAUUUAAAAACUAGAUAAAACUGAGUAAUAGUUUUGUUGUAUUAUAUAACUACGUAGAAGCCCAUUGCUAAUAAACCAACAAUAUUGAGCUUGGAAUAUAUAGUUUUCGCCUCAAACAAACUUUCUUUAGUGUAUUAUGUUGGAGUCUCAUGGUCCAUACAAACUGAUUCAAAAGAUCUGUUUUUCAGGUGUAUAUGUUUGACAGUGUUGUGUUCUCUAAGCUGGAUAGUUUAAGAGCGAAACUUUUAUUAUCGUUCUGAACAACAUUUCUAGUGUCCACUUUAAAUAGAAGUACUCGAAGCAGUCAUUCAAUACAUCCAAUGACAUCCGUUUUGUCAAUCAUCAUUUCUCGUCAAAAUUUCGGAUAUUGACUUCGGACUAAAUAUCUAUUAAGUAAACCAUUUUCAAAUAUAAUCCAUUUAGUCAUUGGCUCGAACCUCACUUAACAUACAACGAUUUUGAGAUGUUAUUUGUAUCAUUAGUCAUUACACAUGAGGUGUAAAUUUCUGGUGUCUGAACCUUACAUUAUCCUAUCAAGUCACAUUUUUAUUUAGUUAACGCAGAGUUUCUUAAGUAAUGGCACUAAAUUACGAAUAAUAAACUGACGGGACUCCAGUUCAUUGUGAACGGUAUGAAAGAAAACAUCUUCAUUAACAGAAGUGACGUAUAUAAAGGGAAAAUGAAAAUACCUAGUUGAGAAUAUAAAAUAAGAUGAAUGCAAUAUGUAUGCAAUCCACCUCGCUAUUGAGCAGCGAAAUCCGUCUGGAAGCCUUCAUAUAGCGCUGCUGUGUAACGAAAGUAACCUUGUUGUCUAAUUUGUGUGGUUGACAGAGAUCAGAUUAAUCCAUCACCCUUAUGCUGAACUUGGAUCACUAAGAGUUCACAUUUCAAAGACUUAAAAAUCAUGACGAGCUUCCCUAUGUGCAUGCUUAUGUACAUGAAUUGCAUGAGUCUCAGCUUGUGGAGUUAUGUAUGUAGAUAUAUGCCAAGUCUACGCACCGAGUUCAUAACGGGAAUACUAGCUCGAAUUUCUACCAUAUAUCUGAUAAAAUCAGCUGCCUACACCAUCAGAGUAUAAUUAUGCCUAUGUGUACGUCAUGAAGUGCAUGGGUGAAAGUCUUUGUAUCAUUGAUAUGCAUGUAAUGCGUAAGAGGUAGUCAGUUGUAACUAGUACGUUCUAAAGGAGCUGUAACCAUCUACCCUUCCAGGUGGGUGAAUAUAUGUGAAAGGAUGUGUGUCACCGGUAUGCACGUAGACUAUACUUCCUCCUUGUUAGACGCCCGCACACCACGAACCGGAACUUAUAAAGAUUUCUACACGAAAUCACAUUAACUCUUCAGGUUCGUAAGCCUCAAAAAGCGGAUCGUUUACCAAAUAAACCGAUCGGCUUAACCUAGUGACGCUUGAAUAACCUCAAAUAGCUAGAACACUGCACCUAAAAGAAAUAAACAUCUCUUGCUGAUAAAUGUCAGCAGUCAAAAUACUCAGGUUCAGGACUUCAUCUAAAUCAACAUUAACAUUUGAACGCGAAAACUAAUACUUUUGGAAUUACUUUACAUAUUACCAGCUAAGAGUUUGUUUAUUUCAGCUUGUUACCUUCGCUUUAUUUCUGUUCAUUCGUACGAAUUUUCCUUUUCAUAAAACAGAUAUUAUCACAAAAUUGAUAGUAUGUUACUGAAAGAAGAAUUUCAACCAACGAUCAAGUGGAUAAAAUCAUCACUAGAUAAUGUAAUGAAAACCAGUCAAGAAAUACUAACAUCUCCAUUAAUUUGUGAAUUACUUCAAACUGUCUUAGAAAUCGGCAAUUAUAUGAAUGAGGGUAACAAUCUCGGAUCAGCAUCUGGCUUCAAACUUUCCAGUUUACUAAAACUUUCUGAAGUUCGAUCAAAUGAUUCAAAAUUCACUCUAUUACAUUUCCUUGUUCAGGAGUUUAAGACAAAUAGUCCACAAAUGUUAAGAAUUACUGAAACAAUACCAUAUUUAAAGGAAGCAUCAGAUGUAUCACUUGACUUAAUUAUAAAAGAAAUUAACCGAUUAAGAAUUAGAUUACAAAAUAUGACUCAACAAUUUGAUCUAGAAACAUUUGGAAAACAAUCAAAAAUUUGUGAAUUUAUCGAGGUAAGUCGUGAAUAUCUUUUCAUUCAUUAGAGUUAAUAGAAAGAUUUAAAUUUUCUCGCUUUAUAGCUGUGACUCGAAUUACAAUAUUAGCGUAAAUCAAUAGCCAGCUAAUUGUUAUCCAAUUCGUUAUAAAUUAGUUCACAUUAUCGGGAUUAUGAGACAAAAAUCGCAGUUGAUAUUGAAUGAAUAGAGAUGAUCAACAGAAGAAUUAAGUUUUGGUUAGCGGUAUGGACUCAGCCAUGUUAUCAAAAUAUCAUUCAGCGGUUUUAGCUUCGAGAGUUAAUGACAAAAGCCAUGUGAUGCGCUAAGAUAUGCAGUUGAGAUUCAGAUUUAUUGCUAGUAACAAUCAUUCACAUAAAACAAAUGUUACGGAAAACUAAACCAUGAGAAGAAUGUGUGAAGAAAUCUUCUAACAAUAAUUAAUAGACGAUUCUGAAUAUUUACGCUCAUGAGCGUUUUGUCAUAUCAUGACAAAUGGUAAACAAGUUCUGGGUAGGCUGAAUGUAAUCCAUUAUUCUCUAUGAAAAAAUAUUUACUGACC